AUGGUAGCAGCCGCCGGUCACAAGACGCAGAAGUUUCCUGCCAUGUUACCGAUGCAGCACCCGUAUGAGGAAGACGAGUUCUUUGUUCGCGAUUGCUACGAGACCCUGUACGACGAGGUUAUCGAGGAGCUGUUCACGAAGGGCAAGCACUGUGUCACAAUUACUGGGGCCCCAGGGAACGGCAAAUCGAUCUUCUACGCGUAUUUCUUUCAGCGCUUUCGCCACGAUCCUGAUAGACAACACUUCGUCAUCCUGACGACGGCGUUCACACAGAAAUCCAAGAUUAUACAAGCCGCCGCGUUUAAGGGGGAACGAGACGAGGCGAUCGGGAGAAGCGUGUGGCCAUUUUCGCCAGAGUUUAACACUUCGGUUUGGCAAGCUACUGGAGAUGACAUUCUUCGCCUGUACGACGGGCCUCCCUCGGUUGAGGUGCCCUACCCGGAGAAGAUGGUUUGCUUCACCAGCCCGAACGAAAACUGGUUCGGGAAGUUUGACAAGGACAGAACCAAGCAGACGUUAUACAUGCCGGUGUGGACUCCAGCUGAGCUGUGGACAGCCGCCACGCUUCUUGGCUACGACCGGCGGGACCCACCGUUAACGGAAGACAUGAUCAACGAUCGCUUCGAGAAAUUUGGUGGAGUGGCUCGUGAGGGCCUGGAACUGAGUGAGAGAUUUGUUCAAUCUCACUUGGAACGGCUUGAGGCCGCCAUCAAAGAAAUGGCUCCCGACGUGCUGCUGGAGAGGAUCAGUACCGCAGAGUUCGAAGAGCGCAGCAAACUGAUCCGAUAUCUACGUGGUAUCUCGGAGGGAGCAGCCUUUCGCGGCUACUUAGUGGAGAUGAAGGCGCACGAAUUGCUGGUACACGGCAUGAAUGGGAAGGGCAUCGUGGCGGUGCUUAAGAGCCUGGGCUUGUUUAACAACGCGAUCAAACACCCGAGAAGUGUCGUGUUGAUUUUUGUCGGGCCCGAGCCAAAGCCAGAUCAGGAACGGCUCAAGAGCGCACAGACCAUUCCUUGGGAUCUACUGGCGAAUUCCGAAAGUGUCGACAUACUCCCAGGCGUUGGAGUCGAGAAAAAACAUGAGCUGGAACGCAUUCACAUCAGGACGGUGGAGGAUCUACGCGAGGCUGUUGUUCCAAAAACGACCGCGCAAAAGGAAUUUUUCAAAAGGCACAACUUGGGGUCAUACGUACGCAUUCUCAGCAAGUUCGAUCGUGGUCGGAAGUCGAUUCGAGAUAUGCUGCAGGGGAUUCCACAGUACGUGUGGGAGGUGAUGUAG